AUGGCAUUGGAAACUGCAGAAACGGAAGAAACUCUCUCUUGUCUCCUCAUGACCUUUUAUCAUCCGAAUCAGGAAACAAAUAAAGUAUUUUGUGACUUGAGCUUUGGCCAGCACCAGCGAGUGAGAGCACACGACGUGGUAAAGUUUGGUAGAGACAGUAGUGUCUGCCAUUUUAACUUGAGAGAUGGACGCGUGUCCCGCUUGCAGUUUUCUGUACAGUUCUUCAGACAGUUGAACAGCACAGAGAUUGGUUUUGAGGUAAAGAAUUUGAGCAAAAAGGUGAAUCUAAUUGUGAACGACGUUGAACUGUCCUACCUGAACAAGGUUGACCUGCCAGAAAAAUGCAUCCUCCGCUUCGGAGAGUAUGAGAUCCUAAUGGAAAAACAAGGAGGACAAUCAGAGGAUUACUUUGAAAUGCGCUUUAAAUUGGCUGAUGCUUCAUUGUUGCUGGACGAAAACUUAUCUUUGCCUGUACCUGAAGGGGGAAUUUCAUAUACUGAAUCUCCAACAGAGAUAGAUGAGAAUGAAUGGGAAAAAUCUCACAAAGGCCAGGCAGGCUAG